GAAAAUAUCGGUAUCGCAACGAUAACAAUGUAUGUUGACAACCCUGACAGAAUUUCGUAAUUUCGAAACGAACGAUUUCAGCCGGCGAAGUGGUGAAGAAAAUGUCCGCAUCGACGGAUCAGGAUCCCGUGGAACUGAUGCUGAAGAAGACCGGCUGUAUAGAGCUUCACUACAAGGUGCAGGAGUGCAUUGCUGAGACGGGAGACUGGAGGGCUUGCCAGGACAAAGUUAAGGAGUUCCGGGCGUGCAUGCAGAAGUACGUGGAGCAGCAAGGCCAGAAGUAUGCCCACGUCAAGUAGCAUCCUGCAAAAGUUCCUCAGCAACGGUUUGGCCUUCGGCAAGUCCACCAAACUGGCGCUAGUGGUACGAUCCGACCUGAAGAUGUCCAAGGGCAAGACAGCGGCCCAGUGCGCCCAUGCGGCGGUCAUGUGCUACCAGAGCUCUGUCCAGGGAACCAAGCUCCAGAACGCCAUUCUGCAGCGAUGGUGUCGCCUGGGACAGCCCAAAAUAGUGCUGCGAGUGGACAAUUUCGAGCAGCUGAGCUCCCUGGAACGACAGGCUCAAGAGGCGAAUGUUGUGGCCGCCAUGGUUAGGGACGCCGGGCGCACUCAGCUGGAAUCUGGGACUGCUACGGUCCUCGGAUUGGGCCCAGCCCCUGCCGAAGAUGUAGACAAACUGGUGGCGCAUUUGAAGCUUUUGUGAACUCUUAGGUUUAUGCAACGUUACAAAUAAAGUACAAGUAAUCAACAA